AUGACGGACUGGCCUCAUCUCUAUUCGGACUUUGCGGAAGUAGUUGCUGAUCAGGGCGGCUUAUCAGAGGCGAUUGAGAUCUUCGAGCACGUCAAGUCGCGCGGCACUAAGCCACCUCGUCGCAUCGUCGCCAUCCUACUAGCCCUCAUCCUCAAUCCUGCUCUUGCCCUCCCCGUGUCUCACUAUGCCGAGCAAUGGGAAGAGCAAACGAAUAGAUGGGCAGGCGGGUCAGCGCAGCGAUUGGGCGACUCGCUCUAUACCAGCGUGGACUGGCUACAACUGCGCGCACUCGAGGUCCUCGCAGACUGGCUAGAUGCCACCGGUCCCGGAAUGCUGCUCAGAACGCUCCCAAGAGCGGCUGACCUCCAUGCGGAUUCGGACGCAGAAUACGAUAGGCCAAAGAAGAGGCGUAGGCAACUUCAGCCGCUCAGCAGAGCUAGUUCGGAGCCAGAAGAGACCGCUUCCUCUGCUUCACUCAGGGCGAUUGUGGAGAGGCUUCAGGACCUACCGGACGCCUGGGAGCUCCUCAAAGGUGCGCUCGAACCUGCCAAAACCCAGCCAACUGUAGGCAAUCAGUCGAGCGAUUGGAUAUGCGACUAUGCUUGGCGAGCGCUGGCUCUGCUCGUCCAUGCCUGGUCUGACGAGUCACUGCUUUCACGCCCGGAAUCGUCGCUGGGCGAUAGACCGAGCGAUCCCGAUGCUGCGAGACAUGACCACAAGAGUUCGAUUAACCUGCUGGCGCAGUUUCCACCUCGACAGGGUGGUCCACGCAAGCCACCACGCGCUCUCCUGGAUCUGCUCCUGUAUCCUUUCCUACAUUCUGUACCGCAACUAGCGUGGCAGCAGACUCGUUGCCAGACCAUCCUGCAGCUCUGGCCACUUAUCAUCGAGCUGGCUCUCACUGAGCAGAUAGAUGGGCCCCUACUUCUGAGAGACUUUGCGCAAGCGAUAUGCCAGCCAGACUUUGCGCUCGACAGCUUUCUUGCUCGCCUUCCGACGUCUCAUCGUGCAAAUAAAGACAUCUUGACAUUCUACAUCGAGCUCAUCUGCACUGUCAUCACAGACUGCUCGACGAAGAUCCAGGCGGCGCCUGCGCCUGCAAAUCGACCUACGCCAUCGGCGAGCGGCAGAAGCGAUGCAGCCUUGCUCGAUAGUCCGGAUAGAAAGCGACCGAAAGCGCGAGCUGGCCCUUCGCCCAAAUUUAAGCCCACCAUCGCUCUCAGCAGAUCGGCCACGGGCUUCAGAGUCCCCUCGCCAGCAGAGGCAGUCCGGACGUACUUUCGGGCUACUUUUGUCGAGGCAGUGGCGCCCAGGAAAGCGGACGAGUCAUCUGACCGUUUGCGCCUCCUGGCACACGUUCGUAGCGUACUCUUGAAGACCUGUCUCCUGCGACUGCUCUGGAAUCGACUCAGCCUGACCAGUGCGUCCAAAAAGCCCUUGCAUGAGGUUUUGCAAGGCGGCGAGCUGGCUACUGCCAUUGCUGGCGCAAGAUACCAAGUCAACAAGAGCACAGAGGGACUCGAGAAAGACGCCGACGCGCAUAAUAAGCUCAGGACAGCGAAAUUGACAAUGAAGACUGUACUUCAUACCGUCAGCUGCCUCUGCGAGAAAGCGGUGAAGCAGGAGAUGGAACGAUCUGAUUUGUAG